AUGGAUUCCUUUGCUGUAAACCCAAAGAAAUCACUCCACAUUCGCUCAAAUAGCUUACCCUCAAAGCCACAUCCAAUCGUUUCCCAAGUUGAAGAACAUUUAUGCAGAUUGAAGUCCUCUGAGGCUACUUCUUCAACUUCUUUCUGCCACAGACUCAGCAGCCUUCAAGAUUUGCAUGAUUCCAUUGAGAGUUUACUUCUUCUACCAUGCACCCAACAAACUCUUGUUCAUGAGACUCAUAAUAAAUGGGCUGAUGACUUGCUAGAAGGAUCUCUAAGGCUCUUAGAUUUGUGUGAUAUUGCUAAGGAUGCAUUGUUGCAGACACAAGAAUGUAGCCAUGAACUUGAAUCCGUUUUGCGCAGAAGAAAAAGUGAAACAGUUAUCAUAAGUGGUGUUCAGAAAUGCUUGAAUUCUAGGAAGAUGAUAAAGAAGACAGUCCACAAGGCCUUGAAGGGAAUUAAGAGCAGAAAUUCUCAAAAGAGUGAAGAAAGCUCUGCAAUUGUUAGCUUGUUACAAGAAGUGGAAGCAGUCACUUAUAGCACUGUUGAAUCAGUGUUGUCGUUCAUAGCAGGACCAAAGGUGCCAUCAAAGAUGAGCCGAUGGUCUUUGGUGUCCAAGCUGGUACAAUCCAAAAGGGUUGUCAGCAAGGAAGAAGGUGCAUAUGCAAACGAGGUGGAAAUGUUGGAUGGCAUACUAUAUUCAAUAGCUAGCCACACAACAGAUGAAUCCUUCAGCUUGCAGGAGUCGCUGAGGAUGUUUGAGUCGAGUAUUCAAGGUCUUGAAGAAGAUCUAGAGAGUCUAACUAGGCAUCUCAUCAAAAAUAGAGUGUCCCUUCUCAAUAUCUUGAAUCACUAA